CAAGCUCAGGUACGUCAGCAACAGAUCUGUCAGCCACGUCCCCACCCAUCAUGUUGAUUCACGCGUGCAAUACAGGUAUCUGACCGGAUUCAAGGAAAGGAGAAGCAGGGAUUUCGUCCCGCGGUGACUGGGCAGGUGUGCGGCUCAUAGAGGACCCAGUGCAAUCACCGCACAUCUCGCUGCAGACGAUACAAGACACAGAUUUUCUCAUAAGCCACUCUUAGAUUUCGAGCACUUUUAGGUCUCGUGUCAGAAUAGGUACAAUGGCGCUAGUCUGCUUACUUAAUCAACGAACAAGGGUCGCGGGUUCGUCCUGCACCACGUAAGCACCUCUGCCUGGUGCAGGUGGCCUGAAUUCUGCUUGUGUCUACGACAACGCAUCUCGUGCUGUAUAUAUUGUUUCCACUGACACCGACUCACAUUAACUUCAGCCUCGCCCGUCCAUCGACGCGCGCUUCAUUCGUCACCUCCACAAUGACGAUUACCGAGGUUGCUCUUCUGCACCUGUUGCAAGAUGUUGCGAUUGAUGACACAAGUCUCCGCUCGAAGCUUGCGCAAGCAAAGGCGAUUAUGCAGGAUUACACUGGUCGAACAUUUUACUACCUCCAGCAAGUCGAAGACCCCACUUAUGUAUACAUCGUCGGAGAAUGGCAGUCUCUGGAUCAGCACAUGAAUCUAUUCAUACCAAGUGAAGACAACCAGGCACUUCUCAAAAGCUUAGAGGGUCUACUGAGUGUGGAGUGGUUGCUGCACAUCGACGUGCCGCAUGCAGACCUACCACUGGCAGCAGGUGCAAUCCAGCAGAACGCCCCAAUCUACGCAAUUGUCAGACAUUAUGUCAAGGAGGACGAGAGGGUACAGUUUCAGCGGACAUUCGAUGCAGAGAAGCACUACCUGCAGGAUUUCGUUGCAGAAGGCAACAUUGGUGGAGGCUGGCGUAUCGACAAGGAGGGUAAUAAGGACGAGUGGGUGCUGUUCACGCCGUGGAAAAGCGUUGAGCAACACCAUGCAUUCGCAGAGACAUAUAGUUUCGAGAAGUACGGCAGGAUUCGAGAGCACAUUGAAGGUGCGGAGAUCAAGCACGCUCGCAUCUUGGACAUUUAGCUUGCUAAAUCUUGUAACGUUCUCGUCGAGUCAGCUGAUUGGGGUAGUAGAUCCAGUUUGAUAUCCAUGCACCAUCUCCUUGCCCAUUGUAACCGGACAGGUAGGUACAGCUAUAGGACUACACGCCCCACAGACACACUUUUCCCGUCCCUUCUUUUAGCAGCGGCAAUUGUAUAUCGUAGACUCAAAAGUGGGAUGUUGCUGAUAAGCCACGAAGAUAACGGGAAUAGCCUGAGAUCCGCGCAACCCCUCACGUGUAUGCGCGUGGAUCCGCAUACUUGUAAGUG